AUGCCGCGUUCAGCUCCCUUCAAUCCUCCUGCGGCUGACCUGCCUGGCAAACCUUUUGUCCCAACCUGGGUUCCCCCGCCGGUCACGCAGCAAAAGGAGAACUUUGCCGAGCUUAGUUCCAUUGAUCUUUCUUUGAUGGACUCGGAUGAACCUGCCAUUGUCGAGAAACUUGUCCAGCAGGUUAAGGUCGCAAUUCGUGAUGAUGGAUUUCUCUUCCUCGAAAACUAUGGAAUCUCCCUAGAGCAGCUCCACCGCCAAUUCUCUCUUGCGCAGUAUCUGUACCAAAACAUUAGCGAAGAGGACAAGAGACGCCUUCUGUUCGAUCCUGAAACUGGUUGCGAACGCGGACCCGAAGACGGAAUCGAGCAAUUCAACUGGUACAAAGCCGAGUGGAACGACAUCACCCGUGUGCCCACAUGCCUUCACCCCUUUAUGGACGAGAUCGAAGAGUUUUCCAACUAUCUGACCAAGUCCGUCAACCGCCGUCUCUUGACUCUCUUCUCCCGCGUCCUCGAGUUGCCCGACGACUAUCUCUGGGACAACGUUCAGUCACACGGUUGUCCAACUGAGGCAUCCAAGGGCCUGCGCAUGCACGGCCAUACUGACUUCGGUCUGACAACAUUGCUUUUCUCUGUCCCCAUCUCGUGUCUUCAGAUCUGGGGCCGCGAUGAAAAGUGGUACUACGUACCCUACAAACCCGGUGCGCUUGUCAUUAACAUCGGUGAUACCCUGGAGAUUGUUUCUGGUGGCCAUUUCAAGGCUACUCGGCACCGUGUUUUCAAGCCUCCUGUCGAUCAAUUGCAGCAGGAACGUCUCUCGCUGGUGCUCUUCAACAGCUCUGUUGGUGAUUUGCGUAUGGGCCCUGCAACAGAUUCUCCUCUUAUCCAGAGAGUGGGCUGUGUUGAGGAACAGGGUGUUUACAAGGAGUUUAAGAAUCUCACCUCCCAAGGAAAGCUUGUGCCUACCAACGAUCAAUGGCGUGAAAUCCAGAUUGCUACCGCUACGGAUCCUACGGAUCAAGAGCGCAACAGAGUUGGUGCUGACCAGGUCCUCAUUGAUGGCAAGAUUAUGCACCAACGCGAGUACAUGGGCGUCAAGGUUGUCCUUCCUGUUUGA